AUGGCUUAUCUGGGAAAUCUGCCUAUUUUUGACCAUAAGUCAAGUGAAUGGUCAAUUUUCAAUAGUAGACUAACUCAGUUUGCGAAGAUAAAUCGCGUCGAAGAAGUGAACAAAAGUGGAAUCCUUCUCACCCAUCUUACGGAUGAAACGUAUCGCUUGGUACGAAACUUAGCGUACCCGCAAGACUUAGAAUCUCUAAGUUACUCGAAUCUCGCUAAAUUACUCGACGGUCAUUUCAAGCCAAAAAAAUGCUCAUUUGUGGAUAAAGAAAAAUUUUUUGGGGCAACCAGAAAUCCAGGCGAAUCAUUGGGAGACUGGGCAGCGCGAUUGAGAGGUCUCGCAAGCAAUUGUGACUUCGGCACUGCCUUGGAAACGAAUUUAAGAGAUCGUUUCGUCCUCGGCCUGGGCCCUGGCCCGGAACAAGAUAAGUUGUUCGAACAAGACCCGUCCACAUUGACACUGUCAGUAGCUAUGGAGCUAGCCGAGCAGGCGGCGUAUGCCAGGCAGGCGAAGGUUAUGUUGUGCACCAGCGAACAUGCUCCAAUUAAGGAGGAACCGGAAUACCGAGCGAAAUUUCAAGGUCAAGGAGACAGCGGCGCGGUUAUACGGCGUCCUAACGCUGACAGGACAUCAGCAGGUCGCGGCCAACCGAGAGAUUUUUCUCGUUGUUCGGUUUGUGGCUUGAAGAACCACCAAAGUGAUAAGUGCCGUUAUAAAAGUUACAAAUGUCAAAAGUGCGGUGAAAAAGGUCAUUUAAAGAAAGUGUGCGAUAGUGUCAAUAGAUCGCGGAUGUACCAUAUCGAGUCGGUAAGCGAACCAGAGCAGGUCAAGGAUUCGUCUUGUGAGGAGUGCUACAAUUUUAAUUUGAGGUAUGUGACUGAUAAGCCCAUUUCAAUUGAUGUAAUAAUAGGUAAUCAGUGUAUGACAAUGGAGCUGGAUUCAGGAUCAAGUAAAAGUGUGAUUUCUUAUAAUACAUAUAAGGAAAAAUUCUUAAAAUAUUCAUUACGUAGUAGUUCUGUAAAAAUGUGCUUAUACAACGGACACAAGAUUGAUCCAUUAGGUUAUAUUACUGUAGAAACCAGUUACAAUAACAGUACCAAAUUGAUUAAAUAUUUUGUUGUCAAAAAUGGGGGACCGCCUAUACUAGGUAGGGAUUUCAUGACCGCCUUUAAUUUUGUGAUUACUACUAAAUUAAAUUACAUAAGAAAUGAUUCCGAAUUGCAUGAGUUAUUAAAUAAAUAUUCGGCGUUGUGGCGUGACGAGUUGGGCGCAUUUAAUAACUUUAAAGUCAGUUUGCAGUUGAAGGCGAAUGCUGUGCCUAAGUUUUUUAAGCCGCGUACUGUACCCUUUGCCCUCAGAGAUAAAGUCGAACAAGAGCUAAACCGAUUAGUGCACUUGGGUAUCCUUGUUCCUAUUAAUUAUUCUCAAUACGCCACCCCCAUUGUGCCAGUUUUAAAAGAUAAUGACCAAGUUAAAAUCGCAGGUGAUUUUUCUAUUACAUUAAAUAAGGAUCUCAUAAUAGAAAAAUAUCCCCUGCCUCGAAUUGAAGAGGUUUUUGCCAAAAUUGGAGGGGGUGAGCACUAUAGUAAAAUUGAUUUGAAAAACGCUUACAACCAGUUCGUCCUAGAUGACGCGUCUCAGGAGCUCACGGCAAUUAAUACGCAUAAAGGACUUUUUAAAUACACUAGGUUAGUGUACGGCCUUUCUAGUGGUCCAGCCAUUUUUCAAAGGAGCAUGGAGACACUCUUAUCAGGAAUAGACGGGGUAAGCAUAUGGCUUGAUGACAUUUGUGUCACGGGCCUCGAUAGAAAUUCCCACAUGCAGCAGUAA